CGAUGAUGCACGUGAUGAAUAUAAACCCUAGCUCUGGAGCUUGAUUGCUCUUCACCAAACGAUCAAUACUACUAAAACUCCAACUGGACAUGCAUGUCUGUUGGAAUAUCAGCGAUAAACUGCUUCAUAUCUACAUUUUACAUAUCAGUCUCACCCGGUUAAACCAUCAUGGCCUCACAGACCCCGAAGCAACCCACUCACUGGUUGCCCCAUAAGAUGCGUGAUUAUUGGUAGUAGCGGGGUCGGCAAGACGUCCAUAUUAUACAGGCUGUUUAAAUCCAAAGUCCCACCCAUGGAGGAUUUUCUAGAUGGUUCUGAGGAUCAGGCUUCAAAUCUCCGGUAUGGCAUGCCGGCUCUUUGUGAUGCUUGCGAUCACCGGACUUUAAACAUGGAGUGAGUAUGGUGACCCUUUCUUCCUCUCUUUUCAACCGCCUCUACCAACCCGCUGAACUGCCACUAAAAAGAGGUGGAAAACGGUAAAGGGGCCAUGCCUUGUAAUUUAUGCUACGGGACGCCCCCUCUUUAUAUAUACAUCUUCUGUUUCUAGACAUAUAGUUCAGAAAGCCCCUAUUUAUCAUGAAUGUUGCAAACUCCACUCAAACUCCACGGCCAAAACUACGCCGUAUAUUUAAGAGACACUACCUAUGAAGAAGCACGUCUGCGCCACCUCUCAUUCCCCGGCUAUCAUCUGCUUCUCCGUAACGAACAUCCAUUCCUUCCACGCCAUCGAGUCUUCUUGGCUCGAGGAGGCAAACCAUUUCCAUCCCAGAGGCAUCCCCAAAAUCAUCAUCGGCAACAAAGUUGACCUGAGAACGCAUCACGCUGGCGAAGGAGAGGCGGAAAAGAAGCAGAAGAAUAGGAGUCAGAAACAAAUCCCUCUCCUUCCACUGUGGAUGCCCCUGAGCCCGUGGACGGGAACCGGUCGGUUUCCCGUGAGGAGGGCAUGGGCUUGCCGAAGCGAUCAAAGCUGUCGCCUAUGUUGAGUGCUCAGCGAUGACGGAAGAGGGCAUGUCUGAGGUGUUCCACGCAAUUCAAGAGGCAUGUGGAAAAGGGGGGGAAUACGCUAGUCAACCUAUUUAUUGUAUGUACGUCCGGGUUGCUUGAUAUUGUGAAGUAAAUAAACGUACGUUAGCAUUAAAACCUAAAAAUUGAUAAAAUAAAAAUCAGUACAUAAAUAAAUAAACGAAGUCAGCCAUCGAUAGUAUGGAUAUGUAAUACCGGGAGAACUGUCAUUUGGAAAACAAGAGUGACCUUUUUGGCCCUUUUUGCCAGGUGAUGUUUCAUAUCUACGCAAUGCUUCA